ACUAUCCAUCAGUGACUUAGAGCCUCACGCGUAGUUACGCCUGUGCGUCUCUCGAAAGAGAUUACAUCUUACCAACUUCACUUUUGUGUAACAAAUCGUUAAAUUCCUGGUAAAAAUGACUGAAAGUUCACCGGAUGAGUCUAGUUCUAAGAGGAAGGACUUCAUCUGCGGUGUUGUUGAGGGCUUCUACGGCCGCCCGUGGACGACAGAACAAAGGAAAGAUCUAUUCCAAAAACUUAAAAAAUGGGGUAUGGACAUGUAUGUGUACGCUCCAAAAGACGACUACAAGCACCGAGCAUACUGGAGAGAAUUAUACACAGUAGAGGAGGCUGAACAUCUCACGUCUCUAAUAACUGCAGCAAAGGCACAAGGGAUUCAGUUCUGCUAUGCAUUGUCUCCAGGACUAGAUAUUACGUAUAGCAGCCAGAAAGAGAUUACUACUCUUAAACGAAAGCUAGAGCAGGUGUCUCAGUUUGGCUGUACGUGUUUUGCUUUACUAUUCGAUGACAUUGAGCUGGAGAUGAGUGAGGCUGAUAAGCAAACCUUUCAGAGUUUUGCACAUGCACAGGUAUCAGUUACUAACGAGAUCCACCAACACCUGGGCUGUCCGCGCUUCCUGCUGUGCCCGACGCAGUACUGCGCCUCCCGCGCCCUUCCCGCAGUCAACAGCUCCGAGUAUCUGAACACACUCGGAACCAAGCUCUCCCAGCAGAUAGAUAUUAUGUGGACUGGCUCCAAAGUGAUUUCAAAGACGCUGACAACGAAUUGCAUUGAAGAGAUCACGCAAGUACUGCGUCGUCCGCCUGUUAUCUGGGACAACCUGCACGCGAACGACUAUGAUCAGAAGAGAAUAUUCCUGGGCCCAUACUGCGGUCGAUCACCAGAAUUGAUUCCCCUAUUGCGCGGAGUGUUAACGAACCCGAACUGCGAGUACAAUGCCAAUAUGAUCCCGAUCUGGACGCUCGGACAUUGGGCCAGCUGCAGUUUGGAUGCGCCUGCACAUAUGGAGGCAGUUUCGUGGGAUAUAAAGUUGGAACGCGAGAGUGAACAAGGCGUCUGUGAGGAUGAAACGCCGCUAACGCUCGGCAAGCACGUGUAUCACCAUCGACAGGCGUUACGACAUGCAAUCAACGAAUGGCUGCCGGAGUUUUCAAUACCAAAAGCGGCGCAGGCACCUGUUAUAAAACCACAGCCGUCAGUUACAGUGCCACCAGUGCCGAUCAUACCGAUACUACCGUCAGUGAACACUUGCAUGUCGCUAGUGACCAGCACUAGUACCACUAGCACCACCAGCACAGCAGAGAUCGCGCCUGCCAUCCCCACUGUAAACACUAGUCAGCUGCAGGCGUUGGCCGAUGUGUGCUGUCAUGUACCGAGGCCCAUUCUCGCCACUGGGUUUCAGGUAUCACUGAUUGAAACAUUUAAUCCGGUUCCGACCCCAGUAAUGAAUUCCUUAGUUUCACCAACAAAAGUGAUUCUUAACGAAUCAAUACCGAACCCCAUAAUACCCAUCGCAAGUUCAAACAUUGCGUUGCCACCGGAGAUACCAGUUUCGACUCUACCUGUCGCGAUACUGGGGUUAAAAGCGCUUGAAGAGAAUAAUGAAAAGGCCGAAGUUAUGGAGAAAAGCGAGAACCAGACCGAUAUGGUCGAGAACCAAAGCGAAAUGGCCGAAAACCAUGCUGAAAUGGGUGACAACCAGGGAGAUAUGAGUGAGAAUCAAAGUGAAAUGAUAGAGAACACGAGUGUGGCGAACGACAGCGUAUUAGAGAGUGAAAGCUUCAUAGAAGAUAUUAAGAAAAAAACCGAGGACAACGAUAACAUCAUCGUGGACGACGUAGAACCGACGUCCGAGCUCCAGCAGAACGGCGAUAUGAGCGUUGGUGACACACCCCAAACGUUAAGUCCAAACCGACUCUCCAUACCGGAAGUGGGAGUCGAGCCCCUCGACGUAGAUCCCCCCUCCACCGCCGUGACGGACUCAGAUGUUGCCAUGAACGACGUCAUGAGCGAGGGUGGUUGUUCGAUGCAGGUAGAGCCCAGCAAUAGCCCCUUGAGUACUGAUAUGAUGGUGGAAUCUAUAGAACCGACGGAAGUACCUGAUGAGCCCGUAGAAGAACCAACCAUAGACGCGAACGCACUAACAGCAGAUGAUCUGCUGUUACUUUGCGAUCUAUUCUAUCUGCCGUUCGAGCAUGGGUCACGAGGACUGCGCCUCCUGCACGAUUUCAAUUGGUUGAUCACACACGCGUCUAGUAUGCUGCCUAGAGGAAAUAAACCUGAGACCAGCGAGUGGCGCCGGCGGCGCGGGCGCUUCGCGUGGUGGAUGUCGCGGGCGCGCCGCCUCGCGCGCCGCCUGGCGGCCGCCAAGAACCAAGAGCUGCAUGCCGAGCUGGAGCCCUACGUCUGGGAGCUCUGCGCCGUCUUGGCGCUCCUCUCCGGCUUUGUGAGGUGGAUAGAACUCGGAAAAUUCCCACCGAAUAUAACGACGAAUACACAAGGAAGUUAUACAUGGUUCUCAAAAGGCUGGCGGGAAGCAUUUGAGAGCGGCGCGCAAGAACCGUGGGUGUUCCGCGGCGGGCUUACUGCCGACCUGAGGCGAUUACUACCAAUCGAAUGCAGCGGCGAAGUGAUGCGGCCUCAGGCCAUGCCUCCAGGGUUACCUUUGACUGUGAGGCCUUACAUCCCGAGUGACGAGGAGGCCGUAUGCGCAAUCUGCCAUAAAACGUGUCGAGAUGGGUCGGACUGUAGCGAUCUCUUCCCUAGUGAUCUACAAACGCUGCCUGCCGAUAGGUAA